UUCAACUUCGUUAGUUGAAGUCCGUUUCUCUCUCUCUCUCUAGAAAUGAAGCUUCCAAUUUUCGAUCUGGUAGAGUGAAACCCUGCAACUCCAAUCACUUUGAUCCCUCGUUAAUUCGAGCUCUAGAAAGCAAAGGAUCUCUGCACCCUCUCUACUUCGAUUUCUCGAUCCAGUAGACUUUAUUCAGCGCAAUAAUCGGAUUUUUUUUACCUUAAAUUUGAGUUCAGUAAGACCAAAAAGGUUAUAAAUGGCGGCAAGGUUGUAUCCUCGAUCUGUUGAGGAAGUUUUCAAGGAUUUCAAGGGUCGAAGAGUUGCGCUUGUUAAAGCCCUUACGACAGAUGUUGAAGAAUUUUACCAGCAGUGUGAUCCUGAGAGGGAGAAUUUAUGCCUGUACGGACAUCCUCAUGGGGAGUGGGAGGUCAAUUUGCCUGUUGAAGAGGUACCUCCUGAACUCCCUGAGCCUGCUCUGGGCAUCAACUUUGCUAGAGAUGGGAUGCAAGAAAAAGACUGGCUAGCUCUUAUUGCUGUCCACAGCGACUCCUGGCUGCUCUCGGUUGCCUUUUAUUUUGGUGCUAGGUUUAGCAUUGAUAAAGCUGACAGGAAGCGGUUAUUCAGCAUGAUCAAUGAACUUCCUACUGUAUUUGAAGUUGUGACGGGGGCAGCCAAAAAACUACAGAAAGAGAAAUCUCCAGUCUCAAACAGCAGCAGCAAAUCCAAGUCAAAUUCUAAGCCGUCUCAGGUUAAAGUUUCAAAGCCACAGCCAAAAAACGAGGAGGAGGAGGAGGAGGAAUUGGAUGAGGAAGAGGAUGAUGAACAUGGGGAGACAUUGUGCGGCGCCUGUGGUGAUAACUAUGCAUCAGACGAGUUCUGGAUAUGCUGCGACAUAUGUGAGAAGUGGUUUCAUGGCAAGUGUGUCAAGAUUACUCCUGCCAAAGCCGAGCAAAUCAAGCAAUACAAGUGCCCAUCAUGCAGCAACAAGAGACCCCGGCCUUGAGAUGGAAUGCUGAUCUCUCAACUCGACUUCUAAGAAUUCCGGCUACCGCCUAGGUUUGAAUUCAAGUAUUACAUUUGGUGCUUUAACCUGUGAAUGUCAAUGCAGACUUUGUGGUGGCUUGAUAUGACUUUUAAAUGUUUGCUGUGAAAAUAAGUUACUAUAAUGUAAAGGGUUAAGGAUGGAACCGAACGGAAAAAUAGAAUCGAAAUUUAAAUUUUGAUUUGGUUUGGAUUGGA